UUUCCAGGAGCCAAAAUGAUAAAAACAUUGGAAAAUGACAUUUAUAAGUCAAAAAAGAACUUAAAUAAUGUUGUUGAACUAAUGAAUUAUAUGGAUCAUGCAACUCACUCAUUAGAAGAAGUGAAUGAGGCAGCAGCAGCCCUUUGUCGCGUUUUUAGUCAUUUUUUUGAAACGAAGGAGCUAAAGCGACCUGCUGCAGAUGACCAGUCUGCUGGUGCGAUGGUCCAAAAUUGGAUUUCUGAUAAUUUCAUUUCGUUUACAGAAAAAUUAAUGCAGGUAUAUUCAGAACCUGAUGUGGAUGCCUUGCAGGUUUCGUUUUUGACAAUAGUCUUACGUCUUUGCAAAGCUGAAUCAAUUUUGGACCCUAAUGGAUUUUUUAGAAAUCAAUUGUAUUUCCGUCUUUGUACAGCUCUAGCUGCAGCAUCACAUCUGUCGGACCUUUGUGUUCAAGAUUUCGUGGAGUCCUAUCUCACCAAGUACAAGGAUUUGCUAUUUUAUUUCUACAAAAACGUCGCUAAAAUAGCUAGUGCGUACACAGAAGAGGAUUUAUCGGAUUUUUCUUCAAGUGAAAUCGGUACACUUGCUUCUAACAUUCUUCGCAUACUUACUCUUAUACCUUCUCCUAUUUUACCAUCUUCGUCCUGGACAUCAGCGCUUUCUUCAAAUGUUGAAAAUGCUUUGUCCUUAAAGCGCGUCUUUCAGGAUGCUUGGCUGUCCGCAUUGAAUCUUCCUCUCUCAAUCGAUUUAUAUAAGCAUGUUUUGAGUGUGAUACAUAAACGCGUAAUUCCUUUCCUUCCCAAACCGGCUAUGCUUAUGGACUUUUUAACCGACGCAUAUAAUUCUCAUCAUACCGUCGCGUUGCUAGCCUUAAACGGUCUUUUCACUCUGAUAAUGGAGCAUAAUCUUGACUAUCCUCUAUUUUAUCCUAAAUUAUACGCUCUCCUAGAUAGAAACUUACUUUUCUUGCGUACAAGGUCUCGCUUCUUCCGUUUGCUGGAUUUGUUCUUGUCUUCGACUCAUUUGCCUGCUACCGUCAUUGCUUCUUUUAUCAAAAAGUUGGCCCGCUUAGCUUUAACUGGGUCACCUGGUUCGAUCGCUAUUGUCAUUCCUUUUAUAUACAAUUGCUUGCAGCGUCACCCUAGUUGUAUGCAAAUGCUUCAUCGCGAUGCUACCGAACUAAAUGACCCUUUUGAUAUUCAGCAGCCCGAUCCUUUGCUGACAUCAGCAAUUGAUUCUUCUUUGUGGGAAUUGCACACCUUGCAAAACCAUUAUCAUUCGAACAUUGCUAGCUUGGCUGGAAUUAUGAGCCAACAGUUUACAAAGCCUCGUUAUGAAUUGGAGGACUUUUUAGACCACAACUAUGCUACUAUGUGCGAAGCUGAGCUACGAAGACCGAUGAAAUAUGAACCUCCCAUCGAGUAUGAAAAGUGUACUCUUUCUUCAUAUCUUGACGAUUCUUGGGCUUAAAAAUUUGGUUGGGUUUAAAUCUUUUCGUUUUUUAAAUAUUUGGGUUUCUAUUGUUUAUUAAGGGUAAAUUUUGUACUGCAGAUUUUGGAAAUAAAAUUAAGACGUUAUGUCUUUAGUUGAAUACAUUGAAAAACAUACAUAUAGUCAAC